AUGGGUGACAUGACCAACAGCGACUUUUACUCCAAAAACCAAAGAAACGAGUCGAGCCAUGGGGGCGAGUUUGGGUGCACGAUGGAGGAGCUGCGCUCCCUCAUGGAGCUGCGGGGCACCGAGGCCGUGGUCAAGAUUAAGGAGACCUACGGGGACACUGACGCCAUCUGCCGACGCCUCAAAACCUCCCCUGUCGAAGGUUUGCCAGGCACAGCUCCAGACCUGGAGAAGAGAAAGCAGAUUUUUGGGCAAAACUUUAUACCUCCAAAGAAGCCAAAAACCUUCCUGCAGCUCGUGUGGGAGGCCCUGCAGGACGUGACGCUGAUCAUUCUGGAAAUCGCCGCCAUCAUCUCCCUGGGGCUCUCCUUCUACCACCCGCCCGGCGAGAACAAUGAAGGAUGUGCGACGGCCCAGGGCGGGGCAGAGGAUGAAGGGGAGGCAGAGGCGGGCUGGAUCGAGGGGGCCGCCAUCCUCCUGUCGGUCAUCUGCGUGGUCCUGGUCACGGCCUUCAAUGACUGGAGCAAAGAGAAACAGUUCCGGGGCCUGCAGAGCCGCAUCGAGCAGGAGCAGAAGUUCACUGUGGUCCGGGCUGGCCAGGUGGUCCAGAUCCCUGUGGCUGAGAUCGUGGUUGGGGACAUCGCCCAGGUCAAAUAUGGUGACCUCCUCCCUGCCGACGGCCUCUUCAUCCAGGGCAACGACCUCAAGAUCGAUGAGAGCUCCCUGACGGGGGAGUCUGACCAGGUGCGCAAGUCGGUGGACAAGGACCCCAUGCUGCUAUCAGGCACCCACGUGAUGGAGGGCUCUGGACGGAUGGUGGUGACUGCUGUGGGUGUGAAUUCUCAGACUGGCAUUAUCUUUACCCUGCUGGGAGCCGGUGGUGAAGAGGAAGAGAAGAAAGACAAGAAAGGUGUGAAGAAGGGGGAUGGCCUUCAGCUACCAGCGGCCGAUGGUGCGGCAGGUUCAAAUGCUGCAGAUAGUGCAGAUACCAGCCUAGUCAAUGGUAAAAUGCAGGAUGGCAGUGCGGACGCCGGCCAGAGCAAAGCCAAACAGCAGGACGGGGCGGCCGCCAUGGAGAUGCAACCCCUCAAGAGUGCCGAGGGGGGAGACGCUGACGACAAGAAGAAGGCCAACAUGCACAAGAAGGAGAAGUCGGUGCUGCAGGGCAAGCUCACCAAGCUGGCCGUGCAGAUCGGCAAGGCAGGCCUGGUGAUGUCAGCCAUCACGGUGAUCAUCCUGGUGCUCUACUUCACCGUGGACACCUUCGUGGUCAACAAGAAGCCGUGGCUCCCCGAGUGCACCCCUGUCUACGUGCAGUACUUCGUCAAGUUCUUCAUCAUCGGUGUGACGGUGCUGGUGGUCGCCGUGCCCGAGGGCCUCCCUCUGGCCGUCACCAUCUCCCUGGCCUACUCGGUGAAGAAAAUGAUGAAAGACAACAACCUGGUCCGCCACCUGGACGCCUGCGAGACCAUGGGCAAUGCCACGGCCAUCUGCUCGGACAAGACGGGCACCCUCACCACCAAUCGCAUGACGGUGGUGCAGGCCUACGUGGGCGACGCCCACUACAAGGAGAUCCCCGACCCCAGCUCCGUCAACGCCAAGACCAUGGAGCUGCUGGUCCAUGCCAUCGCCAUCAACAGCGCCUACACCACCAAAAUCCUGCCCCCGGAGAAGGAGGGCGCCCUGCCCCGGCAGGUGGGCAACAAGACGGAGUGCGGCCUGCUGGGCUUCGUGCUGGACCUGAAGCAAGACUACGAGCCCGUGCGCGCUCGGAUGCCCGAGGAGAAGCUGUACAAGGUCUACACCUUCAACUCCGUGCGCAAGUCCAUGAGCACCGUCAUCAAGCUGCCGGACGAGAGCUUCCGCAUGUACAGCAAGGGCGCUUCGGAGAUCGUGCUCAAGAAGUGCUGCAAAAUCCUCAGCGGGGCAGGUGAGCCUCGGGUCUUCCGGCCCCGCGACCGGGACGAGAUGGUGAAGAAGGUGAUCGAGCCCAUGGCCUGCGACGGGCUCCGCACCAUCUGUGUGGCUUACCGCGACUUCCCCAGCAGCCCUGAGCCCGACUGGGACAACGAGAACGACAUCCUCAACGAGCUCACCUGCAUCUGUGUGGUGGGCAUCGAGGAUCCCGUGCGGCCUGAGGUCCCGGAAGCCAUCCGCAAGUGCCAGCGAGCAGGCAUCACUGUCCGCAUGGUCACCGGUGACAACAUCAACACAGCGCGGGCCAUCGCCAUCAAGUGUGGCAUCAUCCAUCCCGGGGAGGACUUCCUGUGCCUUGAGGGCAAGGAGUUCAACCGAAGGAUCCGCAACGAGAAAGGGGAGAUUGAACAAGAGCGGAUCGAUAAGAUCUGGCCAAAGCUGCGGGUGCUGGCUCGCUCCUCGCCCACGGACAAGCACACCCUGGUCAAAGGCAUCAUCGACAGCACGCACACGGAGCAGCGGCAGGUGGUGGCCGUGACGGGGGAUGGCACCAACGACGGGCCUGCGCUCAAGAAGGCUGACGUGGGCUUCGCCAUGGGCAUCGCAGGCACGGACGUGGCCAAGGAGGCCUCGGACAUCAUCCUGACGGACGACAACUUCAGCAGCAUCGUCAAGGCGGUGAUGUGGGGCCGCAACGUCUACGACAGCAUCUCCAAGUUCCUGCAGUUCCAGCUGACUGUCAACGUGGUGGCCGUGAUCGUGGCCUUCACGGGCGCCUGCAUCACACAGGACUCCCCGCUGAAGGCUGUGCAGAUGCUCUGGGUGAACCUCAUCAUGGACACGUUUGCCUCCCUGGCGCUGGCCACUGAGCCACCCACCGAGACCCUGCUCCUGAGGAAGCCGUAUGGCCGCAACAAGCCCCUUAUCUCUCGGACCAUGAUGAAGAACAUCCUGGGCCAUGCCGUCUACCAGCUCACCCUCAUCUUCACCCUGCUCUUCGUCGGCGAGAAGAUGUUCCAGAUCGACAGCGGGAGGAACGCACCCCUGCACUCGCCGCCCUCUGAGCAUUACACCAUCAUCUUCAACACCUUCGUCAUGAUGCAGCUCUUCAACGAGAUCAACGCCCGCAAGAUCCACGGCGAGCGCAACGUCUUCGACGGCAUCUUCCGGAACCCCAUCUUCUGCACCAUCGUGCUGGGCACCUUUGCCAUCCAGAUAGUGAUCGUGCAGUUUGGGGGGAAGCCCUUCAGCUGCUCCCCGCUGCAGCUGGACCAGUGGAUGUGGUGCAUUUUCAUCGGGUUAGGAGAGCUCGUCUGGGGCCAGGUCAUCGCCACCAUCCCGACCAGCAGGCUCAAGUUCCUCAAGGAGGCGGGCAGGCUCACGCAGAAGGAGGAGAUCCCCGAGGAGGAGCUCAACGAGGACGUGGAGGAGAUAGACCAUGCCGAGCGCGAGCUGCGGAGGGGCCAGAUCCUGUGGUUCCGAGGUCUGAACCGGAUCCAGACGCAGAUCCGCGUCGUGAAGGCGUUUCGUAGCUCUCUCUAUGAAGGUCUAGAAAAGCCUGAGUCUCGAACCUCCAUCCAUAACUUCAUGGCUCAUCCUGAGUUCCGGAUCGAAGAUUCGCAGCCCCACAUCCCCCUCAUCGACGACACCGACCUGGAAGAAGAUGCCGCGCUCAAGCAGAACUCGAGCCCGCCCUCGUCGCUCAACAAGAACAACAGCGCCAUCGACAGCGGGAUCAACCUGACGACCGACACAAGCAAAUCAGCUACCUCUUCAAGUCCAGGGAGCCCCAUCCACAGCCUGGAGACGUCGCUUUAG